UUUCUAAGAGAUUCCAGUGAUGAUAAAUGUGUAAAUUCUAUAAAGUCAGGGCUCGGCUCACUCACAGUCAGUUGUGCACGAGGGCAAGUCUGAAACAUACAGAAAAUGGGAUUUCUUCUCAUUGUCGCCCUCUUAUGGGUUGCGUCUGGCAUUGCAGCUCAGAACAGUAAUCAAGUUGGGAAUCUUGCCCUUCAUGGCCGUGCGACUCAGUCCUCUACCUACUACAAUUACAACAUUGGGUAUUUAGCCCUCGCCGCCAAUUCUAAUGAUGGAAACUUGGAUAAUAACUAUUACCAUGGCUCCUGCUCUCUCACCACUGCUGAACAGUCCCCCUGGUGGCGAGUGGAUUUACUGCAGUCCUAUAAGAUUUCCCAGGUGGUGGUGACCAACAGGGGCGACUGCUGCUCAGAUGGACUUAAUGGGGCCCUGAUUCUCGUUGGCGACUCAUUAGAAAAUAACGGCAAUAACAACCCGAGCUGCGCGGAGAUCACUUACAUUGGGAAUGGGGACACUAUGACCUUCGAGUGCAAUGGGAUGAUCGGGCGCUUUGUCAACAUUAUGAGACCAGGGAUGGCCAUUGUGCAGUUAUGUGAAGUUCAAGUGUAUGGAAAACUGGUGGUCCCACCUACCUGCCAUUAGCUGGGAUGGACCAGCAACAAGUCAAGGAAAUAGCCAAUCAAUAAUAAGAACUAUAGAUUCCUUGGUGGGCUGGAAUAUUGAGAAGAAUAAGGCUGCUGCCAUUCAGCACAGUUACUAGUGAUGGGCAAAUUUGUCCCAUUUCACUUCGCCAAAAAAAUUUGUUAAUUUCCCGUGAAAUUUGCGAAAUUAUGAAAAAUUCACGAAAACUGAAUUUUGACGCCGGUGUCAAAAAUUGAAAAUUGAAAAAAAUCGACACCGGAGACAAUUUGACGCGCCUUAAAGUUAAUGGGCGUGCAUUAAAUUGUCGCCGCCGUUGAAAAUUUUGCUGGCAUUGGAAUUGUCACCAGUGUCAAAAAAGAUUUUCACAGCAAUUUCGCAAAUUUAUUUACUGGCGGCGAAAUGCGGAAAAUUCGCCUCGAAUUCGCGCCUGCCGCAUAAAUUUGCCCAUCACUAACAGUUGUUGGAGAAAAGACGUCCUGCAGGGAACCCAAUCGACAUUGUAUCAGUGUGUCUUCUACCAGGAGUUGUCUAUGGGGGUACUGGUCAUUUUUAUAGCUACCCAGGCUGCUUUAAUAUGGGAUUAAACUUUAUGUUGGUGAUUAUUAAGUGGCAAAUCAUUCAGUUUGGUUGUUGUGAAUUCUAACAGAAAUACAGUGUAAUGUAAGUCCUGGAGGAGAUUGAUCACAGAUUCUAAUAAAGACACAAAUAAUGGAA